AUGGCGAGAAUGAGGUUGUUUUCACUGCUUUAUACAAUCUUAUUUAUCGAGCUAGCGAGGUCUAAAAAGAAGAUUACCUUUCAUCUGUUGGAACCAAACAUUUUUCAUACAACACUUGAGGUUCGUCAAUACUCUGGAGUAGAGAUCAAGAAGUACACACCAAGGAAGGGAUUUCGUAUAAACAAGGUUAAAUAUGGAGAUAAAGAGCUAUGGAAAUCUAGAUGGUUAUAUAGGGAUGGUUGUAAAAGCAUACAGUUUCACUCCAAGGGCGAGACAAAACUCAUUUCUUUGUGGAUUGUCAAUAAUAAGAACACAUUAGACAUUAAGCGUUUUCACAAGGUUGGUACAGACUGGAAUGCCAUUGGGUUGGAAGAUUUUAAUAACAAGAUUCGUGAGGCAAAAGCUCAACCUACUCAAGAACAACCAGCAGCUAAGCAUAUACCUGAUUACGAAUCCAAGGUUGACAUGAAGCUGUUUGACGUAAAAGAAUCCAAUAUUGAUGGCCCAUUUUAUUUGACAUGCACGCCAAAGGAGAACAAGAAUCCUACAAAGCUUGUUUAUGGAGGUGAGACCAUAUGGGAUGGAGGGGAAACGGCACUUUGCCUAUCAGCUUUAAUCUACUUUGAUGGAGAUAAACUGGGACUCGUGACAUUGCAGUAUAGAGAAAAUGGAAAGGAUAACACACUAUUCCUCCAUGAGGAUGGAACACACAAAUGGAUUAAUAACAAGGCUAUACAUACAAGAAAGCUUAAUAUAUUGAACGAAGCGUACGGAAAGACUAGACCAAGGAGGAGAACUAUUGGGAAAGAUACCACUAGUGAGUUAACUCAAGAAUUUCCUUCCUUACAUACUACUAGUGAAGAACCUAAGGAAGCCUCUCCACAAGUCCCUCGGGCUCCUACUCCUCCAAAGCCAACUACUCCAGUUACUCUAGAUCUCGUAAAUCCAGACAAGUCCAAGGUAUAUGUAGAUGAUAACUCUGGUAGUGGAAUAAAGUCCAAGAAAUACUCUCCAAAGGACGAUCAUCAUAUAUCUUCAGUCAUAGAGGGAGAAGUACAAAUUUGGAAGGUAGAUGAUCCAAACACAAAGUGCAAGCUUGCAAGGGUGUAUGCUAACGACUCUACGGAACUUCUUUACCUAGAUAUUGACAACAAUGGUCGUUUUGACUAUCAGUAUUUCGAAAAGGUAAAUAGAGCGUGGAGCAAUACUCACAAAAUAGAUUUUGAUAGAAAGGUAAAAUCCAUGAAAGGAGAUAAUAAAAAAGAUGAGAAUCCCCCCGAAUCAGAAGAACCUCCUAAGCCCGAUCUCAAAUCUAAGAUUGACUCUAGUCUUUUCGAUGUAGAGGAAGGUGAGGAAGAUGUUGUUCCAGUCCUUAAACUAACAGCAAAUGAUGAAACCCAUGAACUUACUUAUGGAGGUGAAGUACUAUGGGAGGAUAAGAAGAAAAGAUGUUCCUCAGCUAUCCUGUAUCUGGAUGGAUGUGUGCCUUCCCUUGUACUCUUAGAAACAAAGGAUAAGAAGGAUAAAGUUACAAAAGUCUAUAGAUACCAUGAUGGAAAACAGUGGAAAGAUGGUAAAGAAAAGGACCAUAAUGCUAAGUUAAAGGUACUGAAUGAAAGGUACAAACCUACCAUUACUCCUACACCAUCUCCUACUGGUCCUUCUGCUCCUGAACCUCCUAAACCUACUGUUGCAUUCAAACUGGAUAUCACUAACCCUGACAGGACUAAAAUAACAAUUAGAGAUGUUGCUGGGAAUGGGUUGCCAUACAAAGAAUAUGUCGCAAAUGCUGGUUACCAUAUAAACCAUGUUGUAGACGGAAAGGUUAAUCUUUGGAUUGCACCUCGAGGGCAACAGUGUAUAGCAGUGAAAUUCUUUAUACAAGAAGCCGACACUAUCAUUGGCAUAUUUAUAAAGGAGGGUGAGACAAAGAGACGUAAAUGCAUUGAGAAAGCAGAUGGAUCAUGGAAGGAUAUCGAUGGUGAAACAUUUGAGAAGAAGCUAAAAGCAAUCAGGGGAGGAAAAUCUGUAAGAUUAGUUGGGAAUGAUGGUUCAGAGAACGAUGAUUCACCCUUUGCUAUACGGUCUCCUGAUGAAGAAGAGGUGGCACCUAAACAGGGAACUGCCCAAAGCUCUGGGAAUAUGGUAAAUGUGCAUGCAUCCGAGGUUUACGUUGCUCCAGCAAAGAGACAAAAGGUUGCCCCGAAACCCGAGGAUGUUAAACAAGAUAUUAAACCUCCAGUUCAAUCUGGACCUCUUAGAAAUUGUGCUUUAGACCUUUUCAAACCUGACAAGGAUGAAAUAGCUGUUAAGGAAAGUGAUUACCAAGGUGGAAUAAAACUAAAGGAGUUUUCUCCACAUGAAGGUUUAAAAAUCGAUCACAUUCUUAAUAAUGGAACACCAGUUUUACAACUUUCAGAAGGCGAGGAAUUUAGGUCUAUACGUUUAUAUUCCAAGAGGAGUUCCCAUCUACUCAUGCUUACUAUUAAAAAGGGGCAGGUUCCUGAGCACCAAUAUUAUGAGAAAAUAGCAGGAGACUGGAAACUCAAGAAUCAACGGGAAUUUAAUCAGAAACUAACUGCAAUGAAAACCUAA